AUGAUUGAUGUCGGGAAAGGGCCGAUUGACUUUAUGAUGGGUCCCCCAAAAAAUUUGGCCUCUUUGCCCGACGAAUACAUGGUGCUCUUCACAUCCGAUCAAUUCCUGACGACGUCCCUCCAUCGAAACAUGGAUUUCCUUUCGACCGUCGUGUUGAUGGUACUACUUGCGCUUGGAAUGCUAACUUCAUUCCUCUGGAUAGGAUUUCAGCUUCAUGGAGAAACGAUACAUCUGCUGCGCCUUUCCUCAAAUGUCAUCAGUUCGCGCCCGGAAUGGGUCGCUAGUGUUUAUAACUACACCGGCGAACAAUUGGAGAACAACGACAUAAACCUGGAGAAUUAUGUGGAGGAGGCUUACCAGCAAGGCCGUGAAUGGCUUUCGACCAAAGUUCGUGGUCUUGCUGACCCAAAAGACAAUGCUCGUGCCGAUAUGUUGGAAGAACAAGUGAAAAAGAUAACGGAUAGCAUCUAUAAACUUUGGGAAGAGCGGCAUGUCAAUGGAACCGCGGCGAUCGCGACUGGCGCCGCCCAAAAGGACUGGUGGGGCCAAAUUAAAUCGGCCACUAACCUCGAGGCGAUCAAGAACGAGCUGACGCUGAUUAUCAAGGAGAACUUCGACACGAUGUUCGAGGUGGCCCAGUCUGUGUGGGGGCUGCUGGCGACGAACCUCUACUUCCUGACCGGACUAUUGGCUGCUCUCGCUACGAUAAUUUUCGAUUUUGGAAUGGAUAUCAUCAAUUUGGUGAUUGCGUGGGUCGUCUUCCUUACAAUGCUCUACUACCUGCUAGCCAGUUCACGCAGCCAGUGGCUCCCUAUGGAAUGGGCUACGCAAUUGACGGGUAUGUACAGCGCUGGUGAUGGUAGAACAUCGGCCGUGAAUGAAGUGACCGUCGCUGUAGAACAGGCCAUUUCGGGUGUCUUUGUGCUAUCGAUUAAGAUGUCCGUGUUCUACGGCCUCUACACAUACUUCGUGCACUCGCUUUUCGGACUGAAUAUAGUAUUCUUGCCUUCACUUGUCGCCUCGAUCUUUGCUGCCAUCCCGAUUAUGCCGCCCUACAUCGUGUGCAUUUUUGGCUUCGUUGAACUUUACAUCGUUCGCGGAGAGUUCACUGCCGCAAUUGUAUUUAUUCUGAUGAGCAUCUCGCCAAUUAUGUUUGUAGAUGCCGCAUUUUACAAGGAAGUGAAGUAUGCUCAUCCAUACGUCACAGGCCUCUCAAUCAUCGGUGGCAUGUAUUGGUUGAGUCUACAGGGUGCUAUCGUCGGGCCAAUCAUCCUCUGCGUCUUUCUCGUCAUGGUCGAUGUGUACAUGAAAUAUGCUAAAGGCAAA